AUGAAAGCAGUGACACAAGCCAAAAUAAAACAUCUCCAAAGCUUGUUGCUCACUGAGUACACAAGCUAUGCGGACACAUCAUCAAUCCCAGGGCAUUACGUGCUCUUCUGGGAGCUGAAGUCACGUCACGACAAUGGCCCACCAAAGCUAGACGAGAAGAUGAUGGAAGAUUUUGCUCUGAGGUGGAAGAUUGUUUGGAUUACGUGUACAGGAGGAUCUUCAGUGAAUCAGUAUAAGACUCCAAGAUGUGUUAAAUCCGGAGGAGCACUUCAGAUUCUUGAUUCCAGAGUUAUUGGGAGGUUCUUCAGCAAGAGAGUUCCUCAGUGGGAAUCACUUGGUUUAGAUUCUUAG